AUGAUGCUGUUAGUUUGUGUUGGAGUUCUUAUUAUAGACUGAACACCAAAUAUCAGCAAAAAUAAAUAAGAAAAACUGUGCUUUAUGAUGAUAAAUGAAGUUGAUGGACUGAUGAAGCCGAUCAAUUGAUACUAUCGAUUACAGUUUUUUCUCAUUUUAUACACACAAAAAUGUAACUCUGCACACAAUUCCUAAAAUCUGAAGCUCAUAUCAACAUCAUGACUCCAGACUGCCGACCUCUGAGCACAACAUCGUGGUUUCACUGUGAUUUGCAUCACAGUGAUGCAAACAAACCUCUGAACAUAAAAAGCAUCAUUUAUCAAAGUUUGUUCACUUUGUUGUAGAAACACUGAGCUUCAAAACGCAGCACCCUGAUAACCAGUUAGAAUCAGAAGACUUAAUUUAUCCUGAAGGAAACUGCUGAUGUUCCAACUGCACAGGAAAACAGAUACAAGUUGACAUGAAGAGCAGGAGACUGAAUAAAAAAAAUUACCAUCAUAAGUUCUUCAGCUUCUCUCUUUUUGCUCAGGAUCACCCAGAUACCCAUCCUGACCAGUGAUGCCGGUAACGUGUUACUUAGUAAGGCGAAGUUAAUGCGAAAAGGUCAACUCGAAUCUGACCACUUUUUUCAGUAACGAGUAAUCUAAAACGUUAAUCUUUCCAAAUCAGUAAUCAGAUUAAAGUUACUUCUCCAAAUCACUGUACGUUCAUGUUAUUUUUGUAUUGUGGGUUGAUUGUAGGAUUAAAAUUCCCAUAGACAGGAGAAGAUCAGGGUUCAGCUGAACUGCCCACUUUGGCCACUUUCAGCAAGCUGGAGCUUUUCCAUCAGCGGUUUGUGUAGCAGGUCAGAGUUGAAAAAAACAGUUGUCAUCUCUGAAAGCGCGGUGACAGCAGCACACCUGCACUGAGCUUUACAAAGACAUUUUUUACAAUUUUUUUUCUUUAAACGUGUGUGUGUGUGUGUGUGUGUGUGUGUCACUAAAAACAGCUGAAGACCCGCAAUGCAUUAUCAACUAAUACUAAUGCUCUUUUUUCCACCCAAAUGCACCUAAAGUCUCUUUCUGAGGAUGACAUAGAAACGCUGAUAAAACUUUCCUUUUCCUUUUCUCCAUAAAUACAUGUUACCAAUUCUUCCUGCUGAGACGCCAAUCCAGGGACAAAUCCAGAUGGAAAGGGAGCAUGAGGGGCACAGCCCCCCACAACACCUGUGGAUUAAAGCUCCAGCAGGGGACCACAGACUUCCCUUUCCUGUGCCACAUUGACCACCUCUGACUGGGGGAUCCCAAGUUCUGAGCAGUUUUAGAAGUUGGUCAGCAGUAUCAUGCCCAAGCAGCCUCUUGAGACAAAGACGAAGUUGAGGGCAAGGAGAAAGGAGAGGGAGAGGACUCCCUCUCCAGAGGAAUCCCUUUCCUCAUCAGGUGACGAGACACCUCAUCAAUUUGCAGAACCCCCGAUAAGCAUCUCUCCAAGGUUGAGGGACCAAACCUCCCAGUUGCACACAUCUUCUUAGGCCACAGCAACAGAUGCUGGUGCAACAGCAUCACUGGUUGCCACACCUUUGGUCACCAGCCCCACCAGUCAGUCCUCCCAUGAUCAGUCUCCAUGCUCCACCCGAUCACACUAUGCGUCUCCCAGUCUGAAGGCAACCAAAGCCACUACCAAGAAGCCAAGGGCCCCAAGACAAGACUUUGUGCUAUCCGAAGAAGAAUAAAAAGUCAGGUUUGAGUGGCUUGAGGCAACAGAAGAGGUUUUGAAUGCAAAGAAGGCUGGUUAUCACAAACAUAAUGUCAAACAAGGACUUUGGGAGGUCCAGGCCAAAGUUAUGAACAAGAGUGCUGAACAUCUGAUUGGGUGGUUUAAGAGUGUCCGUGACACAAACACUCGACUCGUCAAGAAGGGCAAAGGGAAGUCGGGGGACGGAGAUGAUGAUGAUGAAAUCUGGACAGACCGGCAACGGUUCAUCAUGGCAUCCAUGAAAUUCAUGAAAAGAGUGAUUCGUCAUCUGCUGAAAUCAGUCAGACGUGCGGAGGCUAUUAUCCUUGAGCACUCAGGCAUCUUGGAUGCUGCUGAAGCUACUGCUGCACAGGAGGCCACAGACGUUAGACUAUGAAGGUGAACCGAGAGCUUCCACUUCAGCUGGUCCAAGAAGGCGAAGUGUCAAAGAAGGUGAGAUGGACCGAAUGUUGCAGCUAAUACAGGAACGAGUGGAGAAGAGUCGGGCCCACAUGGACGAACUGCGAAAGUGUAAAGAACAGCACCCCAGCACAGCUAAGAACGCCUUCGCAGCCUAUGUCCGGGACUCCUUAAACACCAUGUCAGAAUGGAGCUACAGAAAAGCAAAGGAUGAAAUCUACAGGGUGUUGACAAAGUAUGAAGAUGGGGCUGAAGAGGAAAGGGUCAAGCAGCAGCAACAACAGCAGUUCCAACAGCAACUACCUCACCACCACAUGAGGCCACCACACACUGUCCUGCCUGUCCAAGGACUGCAACUGGCUAGCCAGCAACCGGCAUCGUCUAGAAUCCAACCCAUGCCAGCUCAGUGGGCUGCAGUACCUCCUUGGAUGGACACAGGGCUCUGGCAGUCACAGAACAUCGCAUGGAUGCAGGCUGUGGAUCCAAACCUGAAUCCCACAUCUGCAAGUUCCAACAGGAUGACAAGUGCCACCCAGAGUGCUUGUGUGCCACGUUCACCACUUCUAGCUGUGAGACAACAGUCUGUGCAGACUUCAGUGUCGGGAGUGAUGUCCAGGUUUGUUCAGGAGGCUGAGGAUGAUGUCAACCUUUCAAGUAUGUCUUUUCCAUCAUCCAGCACAUCCCAGCUCCAGAUACCCAACACCAGCCUGCUUGACAACAUUAUGUCUACAGCAGAUGAUGACCAACAUGAUGACAAUGAUGACAGAUCCACACUUGACAAAAAGUGAGGAGAGACACUAAGGGCCCCUUCACACAUAGUGGAAAUAUGUACAACUCAGGGCCACUCUCGGCGGAACAGCUCAUAUGAGGGAACCACACAAACAUGGCACUGACAGCCAGGCAUGAACGAUAACGCUGCGACAGUUCAUGCACGCGGGGACACAGUGACAGCGAUUACACAUCACGCAGCUGCUGUGAAGAAGAAAUAAAUAAAAAAAAUAAAAAUACAUGCUGUGACGGUUUUGUGCACGUGGGAGCACUGCAGCUUUUCACAGCAGCUGCGUGAUGGGGUUACACAUUGCGCAACUGCUGUGAAAAUUAAAAAAAAUACAAAUUGCA